CUAACCCUCAAGUAGGCUAUGGUAGGCUCGUAACACCCCGCUUGUUCACGGCAAGCGGAUCAUUUUUAAUCUCAGCAAACAUUUGCUGGCAUGAACAACACGCUGGACUGCAAGUGUGAAAACGGUGAGCCCCGGGAACAAUUAGCCAUGUCCGAGAACAGUACCGAACAUAUCGACCCCCACUGCGUGAGCUGUUGCAAUACGACAGAUUAUUCGGUGAAAUCAUUACGAAAAUUGUUCCUCUUGAACCACCUCGAGGGGCCGGCCGAUGCACAGGCUAAUCCAGCAGCCUCCAACAUUGAGAAGCUUCCCAUAUGCACGUGCAGAGAACACACAGUGGAAAGAAAGGAAAAGAAAUGUUCAGAAGAGAAGCUAUGUGAAACACGGUCGGUGCAGGAGCUGAGACAGCUGUACGAGGCGAAGGUGAAAUCUCUCGAGCAAGAAUCUUCCAACGGAUCGAUCGGCCGAUACUCGAGACCUGUCACCGCUAGAACAGAUGAUCGACAGGACACCGUCUCCAUGGACCUACCGCAUCCCGAAGGACAAAUGUUCAUGUACACCGAACCGCCCAUUCGCAGCAAGCCUUGCAACCGGUGGAACGUGAUCAAUGCCAGCAUCGUGGAGGUUCCGAACGGUAUGCAAAUUACCUUUACGGUGAUUGAUGAGAACAAACAUUAAUCUGCGGAAAGAAAAAGCCCAUUACUGGUGUUCAAAAUUUGGUUGAAUUUUAAGAAAAAAUUACGUUGCGUUAAUUAAAACAAAGAAUUUAUUUUCAAUGCAUAUGAUAGCUUUGAAUUUGUAAC